AUGGCGAUGAUGAUGACCGGCCGUGUGCUGCUGGUGUGUGCCCUCUGCGUGCUGUGGUGCGUUGCCGGCGGUGUUUAUGCGAGGGACGUCGACACCAACGCACUGGGUGGCUGCAUGGCGUCGGGAGUGUUGGGUGAGAAUGGAUCCCACAUGCCUGACGGAUGCAAUAAAACUGCGAUUACGGUGCCUUUGCGGUCAGUACUGCCCAUUACUGCCGUCGAAGCCUCGGAUGGAGGAAAUGAUGCUCUUGUAAUGCAGAACUAUUCGAAUUCAAGGGAGAAUCUCGAGUCUGGUUCUGACUCUGGUGGUGCUUUUGGUUCUAAUUCUGCUGCUGGUGAAGGAGCCGGUUCUGGUGAAGGAGCCGGUUCUGGUGGUACUCCUGCUCCUGCUGCACCUCCUCCCGCUCCUCCUGCUGGUUCAUCUGCUCCUGCUGUUACUGCUUCAAGUCCUCCUGGUCCUGCUGCUCCUGGUGUUGACCCUUCAGCUGGCAGCAGUGGUGGUACAGCGGGGUCCUCAGGCACUAAUUCAUCUAACACAACAGGGGACUCUCAGACAGGAAAUCAUUCGUCUGCAGCAGCGGCUCACAACUCCUCGCUACCCGAAGGAACGGAAGGAACGACAUCCGGCACUGGACACACACGACAAGAAGAGAAAGAGGAAGAAGAAAGUGAAAUGCAGCAGAAAAGUGAUGAAACACAAGUCCAACAACAACAACAGCAUGAACACCCCGCGGAAAACGGCGAAGAAUCCUCGAAAGACAAAAACGCCCUUCGUACAAAUGCCACCGCAAAUACAGGCGACAGUGACGGCAGCACCGCGGUCUCCCACACCACCUCCCCUCUUCUUCUUCUUCCUGUUGCGUGUGCGGCUGCUGCUGCGGUGGUGGCCGCGUGA